AGAAGAGGAGGAAGAGGAGAGGAAAGAGGAGGAAGAGAAGAAAGUGAAGGAAGAGAAGGAGGAAGAGGGGAAAGAGGAGGAAGACGAGGAAGAAGAGAGGAAAGAGGAGGAAGAGAAGAAAGUGGAGGAAGAUGUGGAGGAAGACGACAAGAGGAAAAGGAAAAGAAAACGGGAAAAACGGACAGAAGAAAACAACGAAAGAGAAGGAAAAGGAAAGGAAACUUAUCGAAGCGAGCAGGCCUUCCCCACCAAAACCAUAAGAGGCAGGGCCGUGAGAAGACCUGCUCGUUACGACGACGAGUAUUAAUACUUAACAAUUAAUGAAAGAGGCUGAGUAUCUUAUGAAGAAUUAUGGAGAUCGAGGAGGGUGUUAACACCCCCCGAGAUCUACAUAAUUCCUCAUAUGAUGCGAAAGCCGAAUUCAUUAAUUGUUUUAUUGUUCAUUCAAAAUAAUUCCUCGUUGAAAAACAUAGCUAAAAUAUGCUUACCUCAACUGAUGUUAAGUUCACCUUCGAUAGUGGACAUUUAGGGUUGUUCAGCUCCGUAAAUAUUCUUCAAAUAGCAGAUGUUGCCCUUCGAGUAGUCUUCUUGCUGUUCUUGCCAUAUUUUUAGCUAUUAUUUCACGUAGUUCUCACUGUUAAAGCGAAUGAAAUGUUUUCAUGUUUUCAUUUUUGUUUUCACUACCAAAACAACUCAACCUCGUCCCCAGGUCUUCUCGGUUAACGGUGCGUUAACCUGCAAGAAAGCUGCACUUUUGACGUCAUCGGUUAAUUAAAAAUUCUCCCAAAUUUGGUCAUCAGUAGCUGGUUACGGUGAGUUAUGUGUGUGCUUUGUUUUAGCCAAUCAGAAUCUGGGAAAUAUUUUGAAUGAAUAAUAAUGAAGUUUAUCACUCAGAAAGAAAUAUAUCUGAAGAAAAAGUCAUGCGAAUAAGGCAAAGAAUCCAUUAAAGUAAUGCAAAACGGGCUGUUCGCGAUUUCGCUCUAAAGGCUUUGAAGAGGCUAUGUCAGCUGUAACCUUCGAUCAGGUGUCCUUUUUUUCAAUUUGUUUGCGACAAAAAACCGCCUAAUGAUCGCAGGUUAUGUCAGCUGGUAGCCUGCGUAGCAUGGCGGUUUUGUUGAGCCGGGCGCAGGAGCGGCGUAGCCGCGAAAAAAAUAAAAACCGCCUGCCCGGAUUCGUGGCCUUUUCAACUGCCGCCCCCUUCAACUCAUUUUGACAUCCUGUUGACAACUUGUUUGGUUUCAGUUUUCCCAGCCAAUCAGAAAUAAAGUGUUGACAGCCUAAACACGACACAACAGCUCGUGAUAUAGUGUAAAACGUGACCUUGGCCGGAAUUGGAGUUUGCUUGAACAAACACGGGUUUUUUCUUUGUGGCUAUCUCACGCAUAGGUGACUACACUGCGUUCUAAACUUGACUGAGUAGAACUUAUUUUCGCUGCAGUAAGUCUUACAUUUAUUUAGAGGUCAUGGAGUUGGUUUGUUUAAUCCGUAUUGAGUAAUUAUUUCCUGUGGUUAAUGUUAUUUUCGCUAAUUAGAAUUUGUUGAUCUCAGAUGCAGUUGUAAAGUACUAAUUUCUUUGACCACUCUUAAAGCCUAAAGCUUUUUAUUACGGCUAAAUAAAUAUUUUAGUUUCUUUGGUCUUUUCCGACUAAAAUGCCUGGAUCUGGACAACUACAAACCAAGGAGCCUUGGUUUGUAGUUUCUUUGUCACUGCUUUGUCCGUGAAUGUUUUGACGCUGGGCCCGGCUUUUUAACUGUUGUUUGCAGGAUGUUGUAUUUUUACGUAGAGCGCGAUCUUCAGAUUUGAGUUGUAGCUUAAGCUACACCAAGCAAAAAAGUAUGGAGAAUUACGCUGUGCGUCUUCUACCAUAUGCGAUUCAUCGACCACAAUCGCGGACGCCGUUCGAUGUAUUGCGCUGGAGUGCGUUAUUCUCUAACACCGAGUAAUAGAGAAAAUUGAGGUGAACUUUCUCGAAGCACUGAAAUUUACUGUUUCUGUCAUAAGGUUCAUUGCUUUACAUCUCAGCGACACCAUUUCAGAUAUCUGGUCCUCGAUAGUACUUUUUAGAGGGGAAAUUGUGAUCAUACAGGUUUCCGAUGAGGAUAUUUCUUCUUUGGCCAUAGCAAAGACAGUAAAGAUCAUGCUCUUGCCAAAUCUUGUUGACAAAAUUUCCAUGACAUCUCUCCUUUGAAGAAGACUGUAAAUGGCCAUUUCCUGUUUAGACUUCAAUACAAUUGCCCUAUUUUCCCGUCAAAUAUUCAAGAUCGACGACGCUCCGGUCAACGCUUCUUUGUUAUUUUGAUUUUGUUUUGCGGAGAUGAUUUGUUCAGUCCCUCGAAACUCUCCCAUGGGAGAUUACCAAAAUAUUUGAUUGACAGGCGAACAUUCCGAACCAAUCGGAACGAUCCGUACGCUGGCGUGCGGACCGACUCAAAAAAGCCCCCCGUCCGUGCAGGCGGUUUUUCAAGUUGCUUCCGCCCCAAUCUCCUCGCGGUUUCUCUGCCCUCGCCCGCCUUUAUUACUUAGCGCUCCCAACCAAAACCGCCAUGCUACGCAGGCUAGUCAGCUGGAGACAAUUCGCGCUGAGGUUAUGCAAAUUACUUUUAACUGUCUAAAUUCUAUUGUUCUUAACGCGUGACAUUCUCUGUUACGACCAAGGCCCCUAAAUUUACAGAGACGUUUUCCUAACGAAUUGGGUUUGGAUAAGGGGCCUUCACGCACAGAAAAACUCUGGGGUGAAGAUUUUUGUUGAUUUUUUCAAGCUUGUUUUCAUUGGCUUGCGCAGGCGCCGGUGCCGGCAUAGCCCCUUUAACCUACGUAACGCUUUAAAGGGUCACCUUCAACCAGUGUGCAUUGCAGUAGUGCACUUCACCGAAAUCAUUUGCUGUAAUACAGAAAUUACGAACGUUCUGAUUGUGUGCCCAUUUAAGAACUGCAAUCUUGCUUUUACGCACUUUUUAUUCUACAUUUUUUCGCUGUUGUAGUUCUGCUUUUCAUUUGCUCUAGAUUAUGUCGUUUUUCAUUUACGUUUUUCUCGCUUUAUACUACUACAUGAAAAAUGUCUGCAAUUUGAUUGGCUUAGAGCAGUGGUAUUUCAACUUAAUUUUAAAUACUUACCUUUUGUGGGUAGUAGUAUAAGCAAAUAAUAGCAUGAUUUGUAGUGAUAUUUGGCAUGAAUACCACUCGUGAUAUUUCAAAAUUGUCUCAAAUUUCACUCGCCUAACGGCUCGUGAAGUUACGUUUAACAAUUUUGAAAUAUCACUCGUGGUAUUUAUGCCAAAUGUCACUACAAAUCAUGCUAUUACCUAUACAAAUUUUUGAUUUUUUGUAGCUGUUAAUAUUGAUGAGGCUUUAACAGCACAGCGAAAUCAUUAAGUUGAAAAUGUUCACUGGAUGAAAAAACAGAUUUGAAAUGAGAUAAAUGUGGGACAAAUGUGGUCUAAAUAUAAAAUUUGUCAUAUUUGUUCACAUUUGUGCAAAGCACAAAUUAGACAUUUGACAAAUGUGAACAAAUGCUGUGUAAAUGUAGGACAAAUUUAACAUUUGCUUUGUGACAAAUGCAGAUAAAUGAGCCAAACUGCAAACAAAUGUGUUCAAAUCUGUUCAAACUUUGUCAAAAAACAUAUUUGUAUGGACAAAUAUAGAGCAAAUUUUAUAUUGUAAAGUGAGAGUGCCAGGCCAGUACAUACGGACUACCCUUCUCUCUUUUCUUCCCUGGCAUCUACCCCUUUAUUGCUUCUUGCAAUUUUCACUUAACACUAGUUUUCAACCUUUCUUUAAAGUGGACUGAUGCUGCAGAAGUUCAUUGAACUCAACUAGGACAGGUUGAAAGACCAUCAGUUCGAUCCCUUUCCCCCUCAUUUAUCACAACCCUUACCUGAAACCCUGAUAUAACGAAGACACUGCUAAAACAGUAACAAUCUUCAUUGCACUUCGUUCCUUGAAACUUCUUAAAUAUCAGAGUUCCACUGUAAAGGGUGCAAGGUGAUUACAAUAUUUAAAGAAAAAUGACUCAAGAAUUUUACCUGACAAUUCUCAUUUAUUUCACAAUGCUUGUCCUGAUCUUACAAUUAACUGUAAAACAAAACUAAAACAUUAAGUUUAACAAGUGUCAGUUCAUUUCAGGAUGACCAAGUCAAAAGACUUUAUUAGGUAGAUAAAUAAACAGAACGUGACCAAGCUGGGAUUGCAAAAAUCACUUUUUUUCCAAAGUGACCGAAAUGGGGUCUAUAAUAUGGCCACAGAGUAGACUAUCGGUAUACAGUAAUGGGAUAGGGGUACUCAGAGGCCAGCAGCACAUACCCAGUAAAAAUUAACCAUUAAAUAAAACGUUCCCUUCAGGUACCAUUGGUACAACAUCCAACAAACUGUAUCUUUAGUUAAUUACCACAGGAAAGAUAGCAAUCUUCAUUGCACUUAGUUCCACUGUUAUUAGAGUACCGUAAAUCCUCUAUGAAGCCCCCCGGGGGGCUUAUUUUUUUCAAGCACUUUUGAGGGGGGGCUUAUUUAAUUUAGCAAAACGCAUCACCGGUAGCAAAAACACCGUGGUAUGAGACAGAGUAGACUUACGCGUUGUACAAUUAAAGUCACUGUCAAAAGUAUUUAUUUCACUUGUGGGAGCCUAAAAGUAACAAAAACAAAAUUCUUAUUCUUCAAAAAUGUUCUCCACAGAGAACUAGAGCGCAAAGUUGAGAAAGUUAAGCAUAUGAAGUUGGAGGUCAUGCGGCCAAAGACCAAAAACAAUAUGAACUUUCAGCGUGAAUAAGCCAUAACUGAUUAGUCCACGUUAAUCGUUAAUUUUUUUGUGAAGAAUAAGGAUUGGGGGAGGGGGAGGGGGGGCUUAAUAGAGAGGGGGGGCUAAAUAGAGGAUUUACGGUAUGUAAUUUUAAAUAAUAGCUAUUAAAAACACCUCUGUUAAGUGGACACCUUGAGAUGGUCCCUGUUUCUCUUUAUAACUCACUCUAUUUGGAUCUCUAUAAGACGGAUAUACUGAGUCAGUAGUGCUGGUCCCAAAGGUGUCCAUCUUAAAGAGAGUUGACUGUCCAGACAAAAUAUUCCUAUUUCUUAUAUUAAAAAUAUAUCUAAAUGCACUUUAGGAAAUACCAAUAACAAAAAGCAAAUGCCUCACAAUUGCCAAGGUUUGUUUGGUGGGCUAUUGAUACUUGCCAAGGGCAACAAAACUAAUGAAAUAGCUGACUUCUGGAGUGACUGCUAGAGGGUUUAAUGUACAUUUGUCAUUAAUCAAUAAUGCUACAAAGACUUGACUAAAAUUUGGUAAACAGCAAAAAUUUCACAUAUCAUAAUAUAUUUUUGUACACGCAUCUUAUUGAUAGCUUGAGAAUUUGGAAAAGUUUAAGCCUGGGUAAUCAAAGACUAUACCGUUUGCACUCUCUUUAAUGUUUACCAAGUUAAGUUAACCAAAUAAUCCAAGUGACAUUUAUAUAAGCUCUUAGAAAGUCCAUAACAUGUACUGUUAUUAAAAUCUAUAACCAAAUAAUGGACUUUGGACAUUUAAGCCAACAGUUAAACCUUGAUUAUCUGGACCUCAAUUAACCAACUUUUUGAUUAUCACAACUUUUCCUCUGGUCAAAGAUUUCUUAAAUGAAUAUUGCAAAUAAACAAGAAGGUAAACCUAAGCCUGAUUUUCUUUUGGCUUCACAUCUUCGAAAGAGUCAUUGAAAAGUUUUCUUUUGUCUUUGAAAAGCAAAGUUGGUACUUUUAUGUGAUGUCAGCCUGCAAGGAAAGUCGUGUCCCAUAGCCCGGGGCUAGCGGAUUUUGCUAUCGGGCUAGUGAUUUUUGUUCUUAUCUUGCCUGAUGGGCAAGUGUUGUUUUUUGGAGAAAUUCAAAUUACCGAAGGAUUGUAAUCAAUCCUGCUAAUCAAAAAGGGUUUGGGGGCUAGUUGAAAUGACUUGUGGGCUAGUAUGGGGUAGCUACAGCUUGCCAGAAUGGUAGGCUGUAAAACUGACUUUCUUUGCACCCCGGAUGUAUAUGAUAAAUUAAGCUACCCUAUUAAGACAAGAAAAUGCCACAGUUGAUUAUCUUCUGUGGAAGGUAGCCUCAUACUACUAAUAACAUAUACUUUUCUAUUAUCUCUACUCAUAUAAACAAGGUCAGGCCAGGUUGUGUAAUGCUGGUUUAUGCAAACUUUGAGUUGAGAUAGGCAAGCUUAUAAACAAAUUCACUUUAAAAGUUCUUUUUGUCUGCAAUUUGAUGAUUGGAUGCUCUAAAAAAGGAGAGCACAUUAAGUGCGAAAAUGUUCUUCAACGAAUGAAAAAGGAAACCAAAUUAUUUAAAAAUUUAUCCCCGUGUGGGUUCUAAUAAGCCUUUGAACAACUGGGCCUAGGCAUUGACUGAGAAGUGGCCUGAAUGUGGCUCAUGAUGGACCGUCAGGUGCUGGCCUCUCGGAUAUCCCACCCUAAAACUUGGGCUUUGCCAUAGCUCUGGCAUGAGGGAUAAGAUUCUUAAGGUAAACAACACCUGAGGCUGUGCUCUCCAGGUCACCCAUGGCAACUGACUUUUAAUCCUGAGUGUCUAAGGCCCAGUUCAAACGUCAAAUUUCACAUGCGCAGAACUUUAUUCCUAAUUUAGUCUACUUAAAUAGUUAAAUGUGGCAUUUGAUUUAAACGUCAAAUUUAACUCCCUGAACUCUGUUGAAUUUAACUCUGUUAAAAGUCAAUAUUCCCAGUUAUACUACUACAUGAGAAAUUUCUGCAAUUUGAUUGGCUUAGAGCAGUGGUAUUUCAGCUUAAUUUGAAAUACCUACAUGUGAAAAUUACAAAACCUUUGCGGGUAGUAGUAUAAACAAAUAAUAGCAUGAUUUGUAGUGAUAUUUGGCAUAAAUACCACUUGUGAUAUUUCAAAAUUGUCUCAAAUUUCACUCGCCUAACGGCUCGUGAAAUUAUGUAAAACAAUUUCGAAAUAUCACUUGUGGUAUUUAUGCCAAAUAUCACUACAAAUCAUGCUAUUACCUAUACUAAUAUAAUAAUAAUUUACCAAAUUUCAUGCAUUAAGUUGGCACAUGUGAAAUGCGACGUUUGAAUCAAAAGUUGAACCUCAGUCGAAUCUUCGACUGUUUCAGUCGCAGAUACGGCAAACAUCGCAUUUAAUUUAAUUGAUUCAAACGUUGCACUUCACAUGCAUUUAACUCUUGCGUUAAGUUUGGCUCAAGUGAAAUUCGACACUUGAAACCAGCCUAAAAGAACGUUUUCCAUAGGAACCAUAUCUUGAGCAGUGUGGAUUUCACAGUUUCAUAGCAAUGGACUCAGUCCCUUCAAAUUUUCUUUGAGCACAGCCAUUUGGCUAGAAAAACAUUUUAACACUCAUGAGGUAAAAAAAUAAAACAUAAAUUUGUGAACAUACUCCUCUUCCACUUUAAAGCCACUUGUCAUGUUUUUUGUCAACCAUCUUUCUGCAUGUUGGAAACAAAACAAAAAUUAUAGUUGUAAAUUUACCAAAUAAAGUGCAAUGUUAGAUAAGCUUUGAGACAGAAGCAUAUAACCCUGAUAAGGACUUCUGCUUUGAGAUAACCAUUGCCUAAUUUCAUACCGCGCGGGGACCUGGCACUACCGGAUUUUCCCGGACUUUUUAAAAAGUCCAGUUUCAAAAUGGCGGAUAGUCAGAGGAUAGUCAGAGUAAAGACUCGAACGAAAGCGUUCUUUUUCGAAGAAACAUUGAUCAAUAUUCCCUCAGAGAAUCUUCCUAAACUUAGUAAGGAAAGGAUACACUAUUUCUGUCAUACCCUGAAGCUAAACUUAAGGAGCCGACACUCAGCUGCAAGUGCAAGCAAUUGUUCGAUGAACAGGUCGCUCGAACCAAAGAUGACUAUAAAUUUUCGACAGCAAAGGAUUGCCUGUUUAAUUCUACCGGCUUCUGUAUUUUAGAGGAUCAUUGCAGGCAAGAACACAGAAUGUGUGCGUACCGAUCGUAACCUAAGUAUGCUGGAGCAGAGACUUAAAAGGGCAGUACAGAAGGCUUACCUGGAUUAUUCCUGUCGCGGAAAAGAGAAAUGUCCGUGAAAGGUACUGAGUGUAGUGAACUUUGUGGAGUUAUGUACGUUGAACCUAGUAUUCUUAAAUCACACGCUGGAGAACAAGGGACUUGUCUAUACUCAGUACAUGUUACCCCAAAUUGUAAACAUGCUCGUAGACCCAAUAUGUUCCAAAAAGAGGCAGCUCAACAAGUGAGUCCUUGUAAGCCAUUGCCAUUUUUCACAUUUUGCCAAUGAAUUUAUACAUGUCUUGAGUAGUGUCUAUAUAAAUAAUGUAAUGCAAUGUAACUGGAAGGUACAGAAUCACACGCAGGGGCCUCAGUCAAAAAAUAACUAUAUACUAUAUACAAUUUAUCCCCCCAAGAAAAAUUACUUCUGUAUUAUAACAUUGCUCAAUGCAUGAGGUCUGGUCACAGGAACUUCAGUGUUACUGGACGAGAAAUGCCUCUCUUUUAAGACUGAAGUAUACUUGCUUUUAGCUAUGUUCAAUGAGAAUUGUCUCUGGUCCGAUCUUUAGGAUUUCUUACUGAGACCGUACGCAGGGACGGAGAGAAAACCUAAUGUAAGCCUUGCCGACCUAAUACGAUGUUGCCUUUUCACUCAGUGACUCAUGGUCACUCUGGCGUGUUUUGCUUUUCGUAGUCUUUAUUUUACGAUUUGUAAAAAGAGGUACACCCACUCUCUUAUCAUUCGCCAAUAUUCGGUCGGAUCCAGCACCGUAAAAAAAGCUAAAUGCGACGGUUCUUUGUUCAAAUUUUUUGUCGAACAAUUCGGGAAUCCUUCCAAUACUUCAAGUAGCGAAAGUCUCCGAUUUGAUCUUUCUUUUCUCAAGGUUUUAAUCGAAGUUCUUCAUAGCAGUAAAACAACUGUUCAUUGCUGUAAAAUAUUAACUUUCUGGAGUAAUAUGGCCCUCAACAUCGUUUCAACGGCACGCAGUGACCUCUGCUUUCCUCUGCUUUACCCUCUGUUUUGGAAGCCAUUUUGAAUCCGGAAUUUAAAAAGUCCGGGAAAAUCCGGUAGUGCCAGGCUCCCGCGCGGUAUGCAAUUAGGCAAUAAUCAUCCAUAAUAUACAUGUAUUUGGUUACUUCCAACAGCAACUUUCUCCCGGCCAUCGAUCUCGUUUUGUUUAAAGAAGUAAUAAAUAUGCCCCACUUCAAAGACUAACAUUGUCCCUCAAAAAUUGGGCGCUUUAAGCUAAGUUGUAGGUUCCUGUGAUGUUUGAUACAACGCAGGCAAGUCGGCGCCUUUGAAGACACGCUAUCAGUUCAGCUCCAAAGAAUAAACACAAACUCUCGCGAUCAAAAGCAUUUCUUAUAUCAUCAAAGCAACAAGAAAGUAAACCUACCCUUAAAUCCAUUGGAACUUCUCCUUUAGAUUCUCUGCGUGACAGUUUUGAGCCGCGUUUGCUGUUAUUUAUGCACUUAUCAAUUGAAACCCCGACCCCCCCCACCCCGGGCCAAGGUGGGGAUUUGACUUGACAUCAUUACAAAUCUUAGCAAACUCCCACCAUACUGGGGCAUAUUGACUGGUAAAACCCCCACCCAGGUGGGGAAACCUUUUUAAUUCCCUGACUGACUUUAUUAACAUUUCGUUGGAAUUUUCAACUUCUUUAUUGACAAAUUUACUAGAGCAAAAAGGCAAAUAUGAUAACAGACCAAGAUAUAAAUACAACAAAUAUUUGACAAUAAUUAAGUAAACAUAAUGACCCCUGCCCACUUAUAAAAAAGUCAGGGUACAAAAUGGAUGAUGGAGUAGCACAUUGCUAUAAAUCAGCUAUAAAUUUAUAUUAAAAGGAAAUCUGUACCAUCUCCAUUGAAAGUAAUUGCUGCAAUGAUAAGUUUAAUUGAAAAUAGCAGCCAACAUACCUUAACUUUCACAAGCUGAUGUUAUAAAUAGACUGCAUAAAAUAGUUCCUAGGAGCUAUAUUUUAUAUUUUGACUUAAAGAAUGAGGAAAUAUAGAACUUCAGAAACCACAUGGGUUUAACACUAGACGUUAAACGAGCUGUGUCACGAAAUUUACCAAAAUGUAGGCUGUGGGAACUGCCACCAAAUUGAGUGAAACAUAAAAAUAACCACUGAAGACAUUAAAAGAUGGUAUAAAUGACUCAGCAAAUACAAAAGAAGGUACAGAUGGGAAAACAUGAAGAAGAUUGAAACGGAUUGAAAUUUUGGUUUUUGAAAACUCGUUAACCUAACAGUUUUUCAAAGUUCAAGCGUAACGCUUGAUAUGCUUGGGAGAAACAUCUGUUUGAAACGAAGCUUUGAUUUCUUCAUUUCUUUGCCCACGAUAACGCUCAGAAGCGAGUAGGGACCACGUAACUGGCAAUAUUAUCAAAAUGAACCAGAUAGUGUGUACCUGCAUUGUUUGAGAAGUUUUGAAUAACAAUAACAAUUUCCAGUCAACGAACCAUGAAAGCUCAAGGCAAAAUCGCAAAGGAUUAAUCUAAGUGGAGAAAUGAAAGGAAAAACAAUUAGGAAACUUACGGCCGAGCAAUACAUCAAAAUACCAGUGAUCACGUGAAGAAAUUACCCUGAGGAAACUAGGCACGAGUCAAAUCCCCACCUCGCUCCCCGACUUCCGUGGACUGCCAUGAAUAUGCUAAGCAAAUCCUGAGAAAUCCCCCACCCCCACGGGCUAACCAUGCCUUCAAAUACCUUAAAAAUCCCCCACAUUACCCCACAUAGGCCCGGGGUGGGAGGGGGGUCGGGGUUUCAAUUGAUAAGUGCAUUAGUCGCUCCUGUUUUGCUAGUUACGUUAUCUUGCUGAACUGCUGCGUUUGCUUCUUUCAGUUUCUUCUGGCUCUCUAAAAUAGAAUCUAGUCUCCUCUUCAUGUUUUCCAUCAGGAAAAGUUGUCUUUCUUCAGCAGGACUGCUUGUAGCCAUGAUUGAACCAUAAAAUACGAGUCUAAAGACAACGAAAACUAAGGGCCAAGCUGACAAAGAACUUUUCGAAAUGAACUGGAGACGCUGUCAAAAGGGUGAUCAAACAUACCGCGCGUGUAGCUGUGGACAUUUGAUUGGCGUUCUAUCGCUGACGUAACUUAACGUCACAAUAUCUGAAUGCGAGUACUUUUCGUGCAUUCGCGCGCGCGUUCAUUCAAAAAGACGAUCAAGAUGAAGGGAUUAGAAAAUAGGGUGUACUUAUCAGCAGCACUUAUCUGGACUUAAGCAUAAAUUCUGGAAUGGAUUUCACGUAAUACUGAUAUUUACUAUAAUUAUUGUUAUAGUGAAACCUCUAUUAAGCGAACCCCCAAUUAAGCGGACACCCUCUAUUCAGCGGACACUAAACCGGGUCCCGAAGUUUUAAUUACGUCUUAUAUUUCCCGUUAUAAGGAACACCUAUUCAGCGGACACUUCUAUUAAGCGGACGCGGACACUAAAAUAAAUUGUAUUUGGCUAAUUUUUAUUGUUAAUAACCUCUAUUAAGCGGACAGCGGACCGAAUUAACAAUAGUAGUAUUGGAUUACGUCCUUGAAAAACGUGCUGUAGUCGAUUAAUAAAGGUAAAUCAAUACAUUUAGCUGUCGAUAAACUGUAGAUUAUACCGAGAGUCUUGCACAAAGUACAGCACGGCUUCCUUAGCUUCCUUAACAACAUGGAACUUUAUCACAGUACAGAGUAACCGUUAAGUUGAAAGUUAAACAUUGCGCAAUUUUUACAAACCCUGUUAAGCGGACACCCUCUUUUAAGAGGACGCUUGGGAAGGUCCCGAAGGUGUCCGCUCAAUGGAGGUUUCACUGUAUUAUUAUUUUUUUUCUAUAGUUAGGUCUUUUUAUCGGGAAAUUGGUACGGAAAAUUAACAGCAAUAGAUUUAUAUCUCGCCUCAUGGAUCAGAACCUUAUCUUAUUAAAAUCAGCGCGUUGACUUUUACGCCAUCCACUGGGACUUUUGAAUUGAUUUUUUAUAACUCUAUUGAUGUGGACGUUUUCUUUAUAUGAAUAUUUUACUGAAAUUUUGUUUGUAGUUUUUAUAAGAUUUUAAUAAAGUAUUCUUUACAUUAUUAAAAAAAGGUAUAGUUUUCAAAAUUGUCACGGUACUUAUUUACUUAUUUAUCUUAUAUUUGUUAUUGCUUAAACAUGACAUAAAGAGUUCAGUGAUUGUACAGUGGGAGUCCGAAAUAACGACUAACAUUUUUUCUAGUCCCUUCGCCUUUCAUUAUGUCUAGCGGUAUAUAUGGUGAUGUGGUUUAGACCCUAUAGUGUAGGGUGGUAGUGCAAAUAAGACUCCACCAUAUGGCUGAAUAAUUUUGGUCUUUUGACUAGAGUUGAACUUUCAUAUUUUCAGUGGCACAGCAUAAUGAUCAAAACACUGACAACUCAUCAGUUUUAAGGAGUCAAAGGGAGGAGGAAUUCUUUCCUUUUACAUCUAAUCCAACUUUCCAAUCUUGGUAAUAAAAAAGGCUAGUGAGCCUCACACUUGCAACGCAAGGUAACUUCCUAGCAUACGCUAAAACUUCAAAAGACUCCUUUUUAAUACAUGGAUAUAAACAAAUUGUCAUUUUUAUGAAGAGACGGUAAUUUCCCUUUUAUUCACUUCACUUAAAGUAACUUUUAAUUUCCCUUUUAUUCCCUUUUAUUCACUUCACUUAAAGUAAUUUUUAAUUUUUAAAUUUUUAUCGUGUAGUCGUAAUUUACGCAGGGCCCCUAUUGAUACCAGCCAAUGGCUGAUAGUGCCACUCUGCCUAAAUAAAGUUGACUCUGACUUGACUUGACUUGAAUACAGUGGAACCUCGAUAUAACGAGCCUCUGUAAAUGUUUUAAUCAGCGUAUAAAGUACGGUAAGUUGAUCGGAGCAUUCAUCCAGUGUGAGUAAGGCGCAAUAAUAGCUAGCCAGAAAAUCCCUCAUUGCAAUUUCUACAUAUCUACACCUACAUGCAUCUACGAGUGCUUGACAAGGGUUACCCAUUGCGCCAAAAACAACCAAAUAAAUAAAUUAAUUAAUUAAUGAGACAAACAAUAGCCUUGUUUCUAAACAAUUCAGAAAAUCAUGUAGCGAUUUUACUGGAACGAGAAGUCAAAAAAUUAUUUUUCUCGUACUUGUCUUGUUUUAAGAUAUCUUUGUACAAGGGCAAAUAUAAUGGCAUAUUUGAAUCACAUUUGUCUCACAUUUUUUCAAGACAAAUGUGAUAACAGAUUUGUCUCACAUUUGGGACAUUUGAUGGGUGGACAAAUCUGACAUCAGAUUUGUCUUAGAUUUGUCUUUGAGGCAAAUAUCAUUAAAUUCAAUAUUUCGUCCAGUGGUUGUUAAGUCUUGUUUUGGUUCUGCAGUCGAUUGGGCGAUGCAUCAUCACAUACAUAUUUUGGUGGCUGAUCGAAGUAAAAGUUUUCGAGAAAGUUCUAUCUGUACGGAAAAAAAAAUAAAUAUUAAGUUAAUUACCGAUCCCGGUCGGCUCGUAUUGGAAAAAACGAACAACUGUCACCGUUGCCAUGGCUACAUGAUAAUCUUCGCCUUCCUUCGCAAAAAAGGCGAGAUGGUAUGAUAUUUCGUUGGUGUUAAAAAGAUAAUUACAUGGCCGCUUAGGGAUAGAAAAAAUUCUUUUCUGGUGUUGGAACUUAUUUUACAAUUUUUCUAGGAAAUUUAGUAUCUACGGGCUUGAAGUAUCGUCUAUAUCAUGAUGUAAAUAUGAAGUGUAAAUAAAUAUGCAUGGAGAUGCAGUAUUCAGCUAAAAUAUCAUCACACUAUAAUUACCACGUCUAAUAAACUAGACUAGACUAGGGAAGUUAGGUUUUUCUAUAUAUUCUAGUUUUAGAGAAUGGUAAAAGGUUUUUUUGCGGCAACAGAUAUAUUCCAUCUGUUACAUUGAAUGUACAUAUUGUUUUUUACUAUAGUGGCAUCUAUUAGGGAAAUUCAGGAUGAGAGUAAAAAAUUACAGUGCAAAUCAGUGACAUUAAAAAGAUAUUGCUCAACGAAAGAUUCUUCACUUUUUAUACACUGAAUAUACAAAACAUAGACAUAUUAAAUUCUGCAAGCAGAAUACUGCAAUGCUGAUCGUGCUACGUGAAAAUUAAUUCUGCAAGACAUCAACACGACACCGGAACAACUCAAAACAGAGCGGGAUUGUAGCCAUAGAUAGCCGUUUUGCCCUCUAUGGCGUGAUAUGGGUAGCCUGUGAACAGGCUCUCUGUUUGGGAAAGGGUGAAAAAAUCGCAAGGAGAGGGAAGGGAAAAGGGAGAGCCUGUAGAUGAACAUUUGAGGCCGCUAUUCAGCCCUCUUGACAUUACUGACGAUCAUCUGUCAGCAAGAUCGUUAAUGUAAUCAACUUCGCGUGUAAAAAGGGGGUCGAUAGUCAACACACGACUCUUACCUCCUGUCGAAAUGCUGCUUUUUCCAAUGGAGUAACAUUUUAUUUGACAUGUAAAGCCUAGUCAUUGCGGUUAAAUAAGCUCAUCAGUCAAGCGCAGAAGAUGCCAUAUUAAAGAUAAGAAGACCUGAUUACAAGCGAUUAUUCAAAUCGCGUGCUACGUGCCGACCAAAAAGGCGAUGUCAAUGAAACUUGCCAACAGUCAGAGUUCUCGCCAAUUCUCGGUUUUCACUGUCACGCAAUCAAAAAUAAAAUUGCAAACCAUUCAAUACAGAAAGUCCCGAAUCUAGGAAAUAUAAGAAGAUAAAUAAGCAAAAGGCCUCGCCAAGAAUCAGGUCUGUGCGAUAUUUCAUAUGCGAGAUAUUAGGAAAAACGUUUUACCCAAAUUUAGAAAGCUUUGUAUGGAGACGCCAUGUUUGUGUCCCUUUGCGGGGCACAAAUAUGGCCGCCGGAAACCAACAGAAACAUCUGUUUUUGAGUUUUCCUACUAAUGCGUUAAUUCAUCGCUUGAAAAACUCAUAAACUAUUAAAGUGAUAUUUAUUCAGAGACAAAGAAUGUUUAGACAGCAAAAUCUCCCAAAAUUGGUAAUGUUUUUAACCCACAUAAGAGCCGUUGUGGCCGCCAGCUAAAUGCCGCGUCACGCAAAAGCCUAGAAAUUCAAACGUCCUCUAUCGCAAAACGAAGAACCCUUUCGAACCAAAACUCUCUUUAAAUAAAGGUGUUUAGGUGCUGUAAUACCUCAUGAAACUCAGAAACUCAGAAGAAUCGAUAGUUUCUUAGUUUGAAUUUUAGUGACGUCAUGUGAAAACCGAGAAUAGGAGCUUGCAUCAGAAUCUAACGCACAGCGGGUACCGUGGAACGGCGGUGCCAACGGUUUGUCUACAGGCUCUCCCCCCUUUCCCUCUCCUAUCGUAAAUUUGGUUAUGAUAUCAGCGUCCACCCUCACGCCAGUCCGUCUGAAGAGACAUUCAGGGAUGGGGAGGGACACAUUUCUAACGCCCCCUCUCCUAUCGUUUUAGGGCAGAAUCUAUCGUUGCGGGAAGUUUGAUUAUCUCUUCCAGUUUCAAUCAUGAGUUUGUGGUUACUUAUACGAAUUUUCACUAAGUCUUUCCUAUUGGCUGAAUUUCUAAUUAAGUCUAGAUAACGUGAAAUUUUAUAAUCAUGUUUAAAUAAGCUGUAAAAUUGUAGUUUCUUAGAAUGAUGGAUUGUUUGUUGCCAAUAUGUAAUAUAUUUUUGUUUUGUUAUAUCUAUAUAGUGUUUGAUCUUAGCUUCACUUAAAUUAUUAGGAUCAAAAUCGGGAAGGUCAUGAUAUUCAGAUAUUUUCAUAAGAUUAUGGUAAAAGCUAUUUUUACCAUUACAGUGAAGUUCUAGCGAGGUGCGAAAGGCUUGUUUAAUAAUAGUAUCCUCGUUUUUACGCAGAAGAUACAAUAUGUAAUUAAUCAAUAUAAAAACAAAUGAUUACAGGCUCUCUAUCCCUUCAGCUUUUCAUUUUUCCCGCCCCGCCAACUUUUCGCAUGCCUUUCACCUUCGUGUCUUCAGAAGACCUACCGGCCACCACGUGAACUCUUUCGUAGAACAUGGCAUAAUUGAUAUACAUUGGGACAAAUCUCAGCGGCAGAAAAUGUCAUGAUCUUUUAGCCACGUUUCAGUGAGUGUGAAAAUGCACAUUAGUAUGUUCGAUCAUUCUCGGUCGCGUAAUCUUUGAGAGCGAGUUUUUCACUAUUGUUUGAUGUAGUGUUCACUAAACAGAAGUCGAUAGGCACGGUACCACUUUGUUGUAUGUUUCUUGCUCAUCUAAUAUAGGAUAAAGCUUGCGAUAUUUUCAUACUUUGACUGAAGGAGUACACAGAAUAUUUGGUCGUUUUAAAAGUUCAAAAAUUAAACGUUUCGGACUGCAGCAAAAUUUUUUUCUACUUAUCAUGAGCUUAAAUUAAAACAUGGUUCGAGCUAUCGAUGGUAAAAUUACAUUCUAAGAAAAAAAAAUAUCUUUGAGUUACCUGAAAGUUCGAGUUAUGGAGGAUAAAAAUUACAGUAAAUGUAAGGACGAAAUCCAGGGGAAACAAGUUUUGCUUCGAGUUGAGGCGAGGUUUGACUUAGCGUGGGUUCGAGUUAUCGGGAGUCGACCUUAUUGCUGAUAAGGCCAAAAAUGCAAAUAAACUGGGCCGGGUUGUUCAAAGCAGGGUUAAGGUAACCCAGGGUUAGUGCGAAGUAUCAAUUCACAUAUGAAAGCUUUAAAUGGAAAUUCGGUUUAAUCCUUUUUGCCUGUAAUGUAUUGAAUUGAUGCUCUACAAAGAAUAGUGAAAAUUAUCUGGGUAAAUGCUGGUUUUGAGCGAAAAUAAAAAGAAACUUAGAUUAAAAUUCAAUCCUCGGUUAGCGCUAAUCGGCUUUCAAACAACUGGGCUCUGAUCAUAAGGCUUUUUAGGUUUUCCCAGUAACUGUUUGCAGGUAGCGCUUUUUUCACUGUUUCCUGCGCUUACUGUCUUGAAAAAAGUUGUUGUAAACGAUAAACAGCUGACUUUUUUCGUCCCCUCUCAUUUAACAGAGUACGUCAUUCAGAAUUUCCAAAUGAAAGAAGAAAAAGCGGAGGAAGAAAGAGAGAAAAUAAAAAAAAAAUCGCCCAAAGGUGCAGGGAUGCACGCAGGGAGCUCACGAAAAGUAAGUCAGCGGGAUAUGGGGUGUCAGAAGCCCGGCUAUGGCCGGGUAUGGGGUGUUUCGUAAAUAAACUAGAAUCAUUAUAUUUGUGAACUCUUUUUUUAUGUCGCAUAAAUUGAACUCCAAAAAGCAUGGCCCAGUUUUGUCAUGAGACUAUAUUUAGAAAUUGAAUGUUCCUGUCGUUUCUUGCAACAAUGAAUGAUAUGUCUGCGAAAACUCACCAAAAAUAUUAACGGUUAGUGCUCCCUGGUGAAAUUUGUUUGAUGGAUCCCUUGUAUUUCUUCAGGAGCAUUUGAGUCAGUGGUUUUCAAGGUACUAAGUAGUGAAUUAAGCUCGUAAUGAAAAAAUGAAAAGGUUUUAAUCAAAAUUACUAUAUUCGCGUUUGUUUGUUUUCAUGUUUAUUAUCACAGUGGAAUCAUUUAAGGAAAAGGAAGAGGAGGCAAAGGGUGAAGAGACAGAAGAGGAGGAAGACGAGGAAGAAGGGAAGAAAGAGGGGCAAGAGAAGGAGGAAGAGAGGAAAGAGGAGGAAGACGAGGAAGAAGAGAGGAAAGAGGAGGAAGGCGAGGAAGAAGAGAGGAAAGAGGAGAACACCUUGCUGGAUGGCAAAUAGCGUAGUGGACCUUGGGAGGGAUUUAAGCGUAUUGAAUGAUGUAAUAUCUUUGUUUUUUCUUGCUACAUUACGACGCUUGUCUUUUCGAUCCAAAUUUCUAUUUUUGACUCUUAUGUUAUUUCAUUCAAUCCUUUUUACGAAAUACUUCCUUAAUUUUAAAGCUCAUGGAGCAGAACAAGUCUUAUAGUGAACCAAGCAAUUUCCAUUUCCAGCUGAUAUUUUUGUUCCCAUACAUUCUGCAGAAUUUGUUGUAAACAAACUUAAUUGCCAAAGAAAAAUAGAAAGAUAAAGAGAAAAGAGAUACAUUAGGAGGAUACUCCCGAAGUGCAGAGAUGUUAGGAAAGAGCUGUGACAGUAGCGUCUUAUAAACCUUAUUUUGAGGACGGGGAAAAUCUUCUAUGCAAGCUACGGGGAUACCCAUAUUGGCAGGCCGAUAUGUUUUCCUUUCUUUUUUUCAAGCCCAAGCACUGACAACAAUUCUUUUGUUUUGCAUGACAAUUCCAUGCAUCCACAACAUUUUCAACUAAAACUGAUACCAUUCUUUUUCAGCUCACAAGAAUCUGCCUUUUAUACUCCAUACUAUUUCAACAUUUUUCUUUUGUGUUGCAUCACAAUUCCAUCCACAACAUUUUCAACUAAAACUGACACCAUUCUUUUUCAGCUCACAAGAAUCUGCCUUUUAUACUCCAUGCCAUUUCAACAUUUUUCAGUCAUACUCAUCAACAACUUAAGUCCUCGUCGGCAAACAACUGGCAAAUUUACCAAAUUAAUAUAAUUGCUCAAUUACCACUUACCGUUUUGCCCUUUCGAAAAAUUAUCACAACAUAUUUUGCGGAGUCACUGGUUUAUUCGCCUGGUCGGGUGACUGCUGAAAAAGCUGUGAUAGGAUUUUCAGAAUACAAGUUUGUAGAUUAUCUGGGCAAUAAGCUAUAUAGCGGAGCCCAACGUGACGCUGACCAAGGAGAGCACCAUUACUGUAGAAAACUGAAACAAUGGUAUUUCCGUUUAACAGUUGGUAACUGAACAGCCUUUUAGGUUCCACCACAAUAACAUUCAAACCACGUUCCAUUAAAGAUCUGCCAACAACCCUUGGUUUUUAGUUCCAUCACAAUUCGAUCCAAAUUUUAAUUUUUUACUCUUAUUUUAUUUCAUUCAAUCCUUUUUCACGAAAUACUUCCUUAAUUUUAAAGCUCAUGGAGCAGAACAAAUCUUAUAGUGAAGGAAGCAAUUUCCAUUUCCAGCUGAUAUUUUCUGUUCCCAUACAUUCUGCAGAAUUUGUUGUAAACAAACUUAAUUACCAAGGAAAAAUAGACAGAUUGAGAGAAACAAGAUACAUUAGGAGGAUCCUCUCGAAGUGUAGAGAUGUUAGAAAAGAGCUGUGAUAGUGGCGUCUUAUAAACCCUAUUUUGGGGAGGAGGAAAUUGUUCUUUGCAAACUACGGGGAUACCUAUGUAGGCCGGCCAAUAUAUGUCUUCCUUUUUUUUUAAGCUCAAGCACUGACAACAAUCCUUUUCUGUUCCAUCAAAAUUCGAUCUAGAACAUUUUCAAGUAAAAGUGAUACCAUUCCUUUUUUUUUCAGCUCACAAGAAUCUGCCUUUUAUACUCCAUGCCAUUUCAACAUUUUUCAGUCAUACUCAUCAUCAACUUAAGUCCUUGUCGGCAAACAACUGGCAAAUUUACCAAAUUAAUAUAAUUGCUCAAUUACCACUUCCUUUUUUGCCCUUUCGAAAUAUUAGCACAACAAAUAUUGCUGAGUCACUGGUUUAUUCGCCUCGUCGGGUGACUGCUGAGAAAGCUGUACAAGGAUUUUCAGAAUACAAGUUGGUAGAUUUUCUGGCCAAUAAGCUAUAUAGCGGAGCCCGACGUGACGCUGACCAAGGAGAGCACCAUUACUGGAGAAAACUGAAACAAUGGUAUUUCCGUUUAACAUUUGCUAACUGAACAGCCUUUUCGGUUCAAGCACAAUAACAUUCAAAUCACGUUCCAUUAAAAAUCUGCCAACAACCCUUGGUUUUUAGUUCCAUCACAAUUGGAUCCAAAUUUCUAUUUUUGACUCUAAUGUUAUUUCAUUCAAUCCUUUUUUACGAAAUACUUCCUUAAUUUUAAAGCUCAUGGAGCAGAACAAGUCUUAUAGUGAAUCAAGCAAUUUCCAUUUCCAGCUGAUAUUUUCUGUUCCCAUACAUUCUGCAGAAUUUGUUGUAAAUAAACUUAAUUGCCAAAGAAAAAUAGAAAGACAGAGAAAAAGAGAUACAUUAGGAGGAUACUCCUGAAGUGCAGAGAUGUUAGGAAAGAGCUGUGACAGUAGCGUCUUAUAAACCCUACUUUGGGGAGGGUAAAAAUCAAAUAAACUGGGCUGGGUUGUUCAAAGCAGGGUUAAGGUAACCCAGGGUUAGUGAGAAGUAUAAAUUUACAUAUGAAAGCUUUAAAUGGAAAUUCGGUUUAAUCCGGGCCUUUUUGCCUGUAAUGUAUUGAAUUGAUGCUCUACAAAGAAUAGUGAAAAUUAUCUGGGUAAUUGCUGGUUUUGAGCGAAAAUAAAAAGAAACUUAGAUUAAAAUUUAAUCCUCGGUUAGCGCUAAUCGGCUUUCAAACAACUGGGCUCUGAUCAUAAGGCUUUUUAGGUUUUCCCAGUAACUGUUUGCAGGUAGCGCUUUUUUCACUGUUUCCUGCGCUUACUGUCUUGAAAAAGUUGUUGUAAACGAUAAACAGCUGACUUUUUUCGUCCCUCUCAUUUAACAGAGUACGUCAUUCAGAAUUUCCAAAUGAAAGAAGAAAAAGCGGAGGAAGAAAGAGAGAAAAUAAAAAAAAAAUCGCCCAAAGGUGCAGGGAUGCACGCAGGGAGCUCACGAAAAGUAAGUCAGCGGGAUAUGGGGUGUCAGAAGCCCGGCUAUGGCCGGGUAUGGGGUGUUUCGUAAAUAAACUAGAAUCAUUAUAUUUGUGAACUCUUUUUUUAUGUCGCAUAAAUUGAACUCCAAAAAGCAUGGCCCAGUUUUGUCAUGAGACUAUAUUUAGAAAUUGAAUGUUCCUGUCGUUUCUUGCAACAAUGAAUGAUAUGUCUGCGAAAACUCACCAAAAAUAUUAACGGUUAGUGCUCCCUGGUGAAAUUUGUUUGAUGGAUCCCUUGUAUUUCUUCAGGAGCAUUUGAGUCAGUGGUUUUCAAGGUACUAAGUAGUGAAUUAAGCUCGUAAUGAAAAAAUGAAAAGGUUUUAAUCAAAAUUACUAUAUUCGCGUUUGUUUGUUUUCAUGUUUAUUAUCACAGUGGAAUCAUUUAAGGAAAAGGAAGAGGAGGCAAAGGGUGAAGAGACAGAAGAGGAGGAAGACGAGGAAGAAGGGAAGAAAGAGGGGCAAGAGAAGGAGGAAGAGAGGAAAGAGGAGGAAGACGAGGAAGAAGAGAGGAAAGAGGAGGAAGGCGAGGAAGAAGAGAGGAAAGAGGAGAACACCUUGCUGGAUGGCAAAUAGCGUAGUGGACCUUGGGAGGGAUUUAAGCGUAUUGAAUGAUGUAAUAUCUUUGUUUUUCUUGCUACAUUACGACGCUUGUCUUUUCGAUCCAAAUUUCUAUUUUUGACUCUUAUGUUAUUUCAUUCAAUCCUUUUUUACGAAAUACUUCCUUAAUUUUAAAGCUCAUGGAGCAGAACAAGUCUUAUAGUGAACCAAGCAAUUUCCAUUUCCAGCUGAUAUUUUUGUUCCCAUACAUUCUGCAGAAUUUGUUGUAAACAAACUUAAUUGCCAAAGAAAAAUAGAAAGAUAAAGAGAAAAGAGAUACAUUAGGAGGAUACUCCCGAAGUGCAGAGAUGUUAGGAAAGAGCUGUGACAGUAGCGUCUUAUAAACCUUAUUUUGAGGACGGGGAAAAUCUUCUAUGCAAGCUACGGGGAUACCCAUAUUGGCAGGCCGAUAUGUUUUCCUUUCUUUUUUUCAAGCCCAAGCACUGACAACAAUUCUUUUGUUUUGCAUGACAAUUCCAUGCAUCCACAACAUUUUCAACUAAAACUGAUACCAUUCUUUUUCAGCUCACAAGAAUCUGCCUUUUAUACUCCAUACUAUUUCAACAUUUUUCUUUUGUGUUGCAUCACAAUUCCAUCCACAACAUUUUCAACUAAAACUGACACCAUUCUUUUUCAGCUCACAAGAAUCUGCCUUUUAUACUCCAUGCCAUUUCAACAUUUUUCAGUCAUACUCAUCAACAACUUAAGUCCUCGUCGGCAAACAACUGGCAAAUUUACCAAAUUAAUAUAAUUGCUCAAUUACCACUUACCGUUUUGCCCUUUCGAAAAAUUAUCACAACAUAUUUUUGCGGAGUCACUGGUUUAUUCGCCUGGUCGGGUGACUGCUGAAAAAGCUGUGAUAGGAUUUUCAGAAUACAAGUUUGUAGAUUAUCUGGGCAAUAAGCUAUAUAGCGGAGCCCAACGUGACGCUGACCAAGGAGAGCACCAUUACUGUAGAAAACUGAAACAAUGGUAUUUCCGUUUAACAGUUGGUAACUGAACAGCCUUUUAGGUUCCACCACAAUAACAUUCAAACCACGUUCCAUUAAAGAUCUGCCAACAACCCUUGGUUUUUAGUUCCAUCACAAUUCGAUCCAAAUUUUAAUUUUUACUCUUAUUUUAUUUCAUUCAAUCCUUUUUCACGAAAUACUUCCUUAAUUUUAAAGCUCAUGGAGCAGAACAAAUCUUAUAGUGAAGGAAGCAAUUUCCAUUUCCAGCUGAUAUUUUCUGUUCCCAUACAUUCUGCAGAAUUUGUUGUAAACAAACUUAAUUACCAAGGAAAAAUAGACAGAUUGAGAGAAACAAGAUACAUUAGGAGGAUCCUCUCGAAGUGUAGAGAUGUUAGAAAAGAGCUGUGAUAGUGGCGUCUUAUAAACCCUAUUUUGGGGAGGAGGAAAUUGUUCUUUGCAAACUACGGGGAUACCUAUGUAGGCCGGCCAAUAUAUGUCUUCCUUUUUUUUUAAGCUCAAGCACUGACAACAAUCCUUUUCUGUUCCAUCAAAAUUCGAUCUAGAACAUUUUCAAGUAAAAGUGAUACCAUUCCUUUUUUCAGCUCACAAGAAUCUGCCUUUUAUACUCCAUGCCAUUUCAACAUUUUUCAGUCAUACUCAUCAUCAACUUAAGUCCUUGUCGGCAAACAACUGGCAAAUUUACCAAAUUAAUAUAAUUGCUCAAUUACCACUUCCUUUUUUGCCCUUUCGAAAUAUUAGCACAACAAAUAUUGCUGAGUCACUGGUUUAUUCGCCUCGUCGGGUGACUGCUGAGAAAGCUGUACAAGGAUUUUCAGAAUACAAGUUGGUAGAUUUUCUGGCCAAUAAGCUAUAUAGCGGAGCCCGACGUGACGCUGACCAAGGAGAGCACCAUUACUGGAGAAAACUGAAACAAUGGUAUUUCCGUUUAACAUUUGCUAACUGAACAGCCUUUUCGGUUCAAGCACAAUAACAUUCAAAUCACGUUCCAUUAAAAAUCUGCCAACAACCCUUGGUUUUUAGUUCCAUCACAAUUGGAUCCAAAUUUCUAUUUUUGACUCUUAUGUUAUUUCAUUCAAUCCUUUUUUACGAAAUACUUCCUUAAUUUUAAAGCUCAUGGAGCAGAACAAGUCUUAUAGUGAAUCAAGCAAUUUCCAUUUCCAGCUGAUAUUUUCUGUUCCCAUACAUUCUGCAGAAUUUGUUGUAAAUAAACUUAAUUGCCAAAGAAAAAUAGAAAGACAGAGAGAAAAGAGAUACAUUAGGAGGAUACUCCUGAAGUGCAGAGAUGUUAGGAAAGAGCUGUGACAGUAGCGUCUUAUAAACCCUACUUUGGGGAGGGGUAAAAUCAAAUAAACUGGGCUGGGUUGUUCAAAGCAGGGUUAAGGUAACCCAGGGUUAGUGAGAAGUAUAAAUUUACAUAUGAAAGCUUUAAAUGGAAAUUCGGUUUAAUCCGGGCCUUUUUUGCCUGUAAUGUAUUGAAUUGAUGCUCUACAAAGAAUAGUGAAAAUUAUCUGGGUAAUUGCUGGUUUUGAGCGAAAAUAAAAAGAAACUUAGAUUAAAAUUUAAUCCUCGGUUAGCGCUAAUCGGCUUUCAAACAACUGGGCUCUGAUCAUAAGGCUUUUUAGGUUUUCCCAGUAACUGUUUGCAGGUAGCGCUUUUUUCACUGUUUCCUGCGCUUACUGUCUUGAAAAAAGUUGUUGUAAACGAUAAACAGCUGACUUUUUUCGUCCCCUCUCAUUUAACAGAGUACGUCAUUCAGAAUUUUCAAAUGACAGAAGAAAAAGCGGAGGAAGAAAGAGAGAAAAUAAAAACAAAAUCGCCCAAAGGUGCAGGGAUGCACGCAGGGAGCUCAAGAAAAGUAAAUCAGCGGGAUAUGGGGUGUCAGAAGCCCGGCUAUGGCCGGGUAUGGGGUGUUUCGUAAAUAAACUAGAAUCAUUAUAUUUGUGAACUCUUUUUUUAUGUCGCAUAAAUUGAACUCCAAAAAGCAUGGCCCAGUUUUGUCAUGAGACUAUAUUUAGAAAUUGAAUGUUCCUGUCGUUUGUUGCAACAUAAUGAUAUGUCUGCGAAAACUCACCAAAAAUAUUAACGGUUAGUGCUCCCUGGUGAAAUUUGUUUGAUGGAUCCCUUGUAUUUCUUCAGGAGCAUUUGAGUCAGUGGUUUUCAAGGUACUAAGUAGUGAAUUAAGCUCGUAAUGAAAAAAUGAAAAGGUUUUAAUCAAAAUUACUAUAUUCGCGUUUGUUUGUUUUCAAGUUUAUUAUCACAGUGGAAUCAUUUAAGGAAAAGGAAGAGGAGGAAAAGGAAAAAGAACAAGAAGAGGAGGCAAAGGGUGAAGAGACAGAAGAAGAGGAAGACGAGGAAGAAGAGAGGAAAGAGGAGGAAGACGAGGAGGAAGAGAAGAAAGAGGGGGAAGAGAAGGAGGAAGAGAGGAAAGAGGAGGAAGACGAGGAAGAAGAGAGGAAAGAGGAGGAAUGCGAGGAAGAAGAGAGGAAAGAGGAGAACACCUUGCUGGAUGGCAAAUAGCGUAGUGGACCUUGGAAGGGAUUUAAGCGUAUUGAAUGAUGUAAUAUCUUUGUUUUUCUUGCUACAUUGCGUCGCUUGCCUUUUUGGUCCCAUAUGACCGUUUUCUGCAAAGGGCUAAUUGUGUUUACUGAGUCUAAUUUUAUUGUUAAGUUUUGGCCUACCAGCGGAGUUGUCGGAGGAGUUAAACAAACCAUUUGCGUUUGGGAAAUACAUUUAAUUUUCAUGAAAAUAUUGUUACAUCAUAAUUACGUGCAUUGGUGUUAUUACUUGUGUCCAAUCUCCUCUCGUUCAACAUCUCAGUAUGCUUGACAGCGUUUUAUAGUUCUUAUUUCUCUUUAGCUUUUGUCGGUGAGAUUCGCAGGUACAUAAAUUCUAAUGAUGGAUGGUGGUCUGUUUUGCACAUAGAAAAUUUGGCAAUACUUAGCCGACCUUUAGUUAAAAAGUCCAUUUCCUGUUGUUUUCAGUGAAAAGUCCAAGGUUUAUGUAUAUGACAGUUCGUAAAGUAUAUUGCCGGAUUUUCACAACUCUUACCGCUACAGAGCGUGUUGCGCCUCUAUUUGAAUAUGUCUGAAAUUGACGAAUAAUGGUAAUUUGAUGUUGAUGCUGCAGUCUUGGGGUUAAUUUCUACGCACCUAAUUUGAGUUGUACUGAAGACUUUGAAGAGGUUAAAUUGUAUACACUGGCGGACGAUACUUCGAGUUUCACUGAACUUUAACGUUUGCUGAAAGGUUUCAUUUAUUUUUCUUUUAGGUGUCUUUACAAGUUCGCAGUUAUAACGUUUUAGGUACGUAAUGAGUUUUACUGCCUCCCAUUGCACCUCCAUUGAUUUAAUUUGAAGCUAACAUAAAGACCCUUGAUAUAGUAAAAAUCCGCGAGUAAAUGAACCUAAAAUACACUAUUCAGGUUCUGAAAUUAAUGCAAUUGUGGCUAAAAGUAUUUCUUUUGGCAUUCAGUUAUUUCCUUACAAAAAUCUGUAAACAAAAUAGGUAUUUAUGCAAUUAUGACUUAAUAAUAACUAGCAUUGACCAAAUGAAUGUUAAAGUCCUCCUUCAAAACAAUACAUGCAUGUAUUGUAAUGCCUCAUGUAAUUUCCCAAGUGUGCAGAAUUUUUUAUGAAAGUAAGAAGAAGAUGGGGCUUGUCGAAGCAACUGGCAAAUUUGUUCCACUCACAAAAGUUUGCCAGAGGAACUUAAAUCAUCUUUUUUUUUAAUCAAUUUCUUUAGAGAUAUAUGAAUGAGAUCUUGGGGAACUAAGGGAAAUUAGGAGGACACUUGGAGCGAUACAUAUUACUUUAUGGCCUACUGAGAACAGUCACAGAAAUUAAACAAUAGCAUAAUAGUAUUUGACGACAACAUAUAAAUAUAAAACAUACAAGGUAUGCAACACGUUCUCGUGGUAUACCAUGGAAUAUCCCACUUGUCUUUCGCGGUAUACACACUAGCCUUUUUAUAACUAUUUAGUUAUACGAUGCCAUCAUAUAAAGUAUGGUAGGCAGCACAAUAAAUGUGACAUACAACGGUCAGAUAUCAUUUUGAAUGGCUUGGAAUUGGCUUCUGUUGUCUAAGAUGAUAGACUACGAGCAGUUCCCUUACUCCCGUCUAUUUUUUUCGAGUUCCCGAUAACUCGAACCUUUUUCGACUUCCCUUGAAGGUUCGAGUUACCUGGAGUCGACUCUACUAACCCGUUUUUGUCAAACGCGACGUUUUAGUAUCGGUGAACCCUUAUCAAAGUGACCUGCGUUUUAUUUAUAAAGGUUGUUUGAAUAAGAAUUAUUGUUAUGAUAUUUAGUAUCAGAGCAAAAAAAUUGGAAAAAGAAUCAUGUACAUGACAUAUUCUUUUGUUACUACGUUUCAGAGGAGAGAAGAAGGAACACCAGAAGAAUGUGCAAUUUACCAGCAGAAGAAGGUACAACUUACUCCUCCCCCAACACACACACACUCGUAGCUAGAGUAAUGUAUAAAGCAUAAAUACAUCAGUUUACGUUGACUUGACUUAGUACGACGAGGACUAACCUCGCUUUUUCGACUAUAUUAUCCACUUAAACAUUCUCUAUAUAACAGAAACGCACCCCCCACCCCACUUAGCACAACAAAUAUUGCUAAGUCACUGGUUUAUUCGCCUCGUCGGGUGACUGCUGAAAAAGCUGUACAAGGAUUUUCAGAAUACAAGUUGGUAGAUUAUCUGGCCAAUAAGCUAUAUAGCGGAGCCCGACGUGACGCUGACCAAGGAGAGCACAAUUACUGUAGAAAAUUGAAACAAUGGUAUUUCCGUUUAACAGUUGGUAACUGAACAGCCUUUUAGGUUCCACCACAAUAACAUUCAAAUCACGUUACAUUAAAAAUCUGCCAACAACCAUUGGUUUUUAGUUCCAUCACAAUUCGAUCCAAAUUUCUAUUUUUGACUCUUAUGUUAUUUCAUUCAAUCCUUUUUUACGAAAUACUUCCUUAAUUUUAAAGCUCAUGGAGCAGAACAAGUCUUAUAGUGAACCAAACAAUAUCCAUUUCCAGCUGAUAUCUUUGUUCCCAUACAUUCUGCAGAAUUUGUUGUAAACAAACGUUAUUGCCAAAGAAAAAUAGAAAGAUAGAGAGAAAAGAGAUACAUUAGGAGGAUACUCCUGAAGUGCAGAGAUGUUAGGAAAGAGCUGUGACAGUAGCGUCUUAUAAACCCUACUUUGGGGAGGGGGAAAAUCUUCUAUGCAAGCUACGGGGAUACCCAUAUUGGCAGGCUGAUAUGUUUUCCUUUCUUUUUUUUCAAGCCCAAGCACUGACAACAAUUCUUUUGUGUUGCAUCACAAUUCCAUCCACAACAUUUUCAACUAAAACUGAUACCAUUCUUUUUCAGCUCACAAGAAUCUUCCUUUUAUACUCCAUGCCAUUUCAACAUUUUUCAGUCAUACUCAUUAACAACUUAAGUCCUUGUUGGAAAACAACUGGCAAAUUUACCAAAUUAAUAUAAUUGCUCAAUUACCACUAACUGUUUUGCCCUUUCGAAAAAUUAUCACAACAUAUUUUGCUGAGUCACUAGUUUAUUCGCCUGGUCGGGUGACUGCUGAAACAGCUGUACAAAGAUUUUCAGAAUACAAGUUUGUAGAUUAUCUAGCCAAUAAGGUAUAUAGCGGAGCCCGACGUGAUGCUGACCAAGGAGAGCACAAUUACUGUAGAAAACUAAAACAAUGGUAUUUCCGUUUAACAGUUGGUAACUGAACAGCCUUUUAGGUUCCACCACAAUAACAUUCAAACCACGUUCCAUUAAAGAUCUGCUAACAAUCCUUGGUUUUUAGUUCCAUCACAAUUCGAUCCAAAUUUUAAUUUUUUACUCUUAUUUUAUUUCAUUCAAUCCUUUUUUACGAAAUACUUCCUUAAUUUUAAAGCUCAUGGAGCAGAACAAGUCUUAUAGUGAACCAAACAAUAUCCAUUUCCAGCUGAUAUUUUUGUUCCCAUACAUUCUGCAGAAUUUGUUGUAAACAAACUUAAUUACCCAGGAAAAAUAGAAAGAUGGAGAGAAAAGAGAUACAUCAGGAGGAUACUCCCAAAGUGUAGAGAUGUUAGGAAAGAGCUGUGACAGUAGCGUCUUAUAAACCCUACUUUGGGGAGGAGGAAAUUGUUCUUUGCAAACUACGGGGAUAUCCAUGUAGGCCGGCCAAUAUGUCUUCCUUUUUUUUAAGCUCAAGCGCUGACAACAAUCCUUUUCUGUUCCAUCACAAUUCGAUCCACAACAUUUUCAAGUAAAAGUGAUACCAUUCUUUUUUUCAGCUCACAAGAAUCUGCCUUUUAUACUCCAUGCCAUUUCAACAUUUUUCAGUCAUACUCAUCAUCAACUUAUAUAAGUCCUUGUCGGCAAACAACUGGCAAAUUUACCAAAUUAAUAUAAUUGCUCAAUUAGCACUUACAUUUUUGCCCUUUCGAAAUAUUAGCACAACAAAUAUUGCUGAGUCACUGGUUUAUUCGCCACGUCGGGUGACUGCUGAAAAAGCUGUACAAGGAUUUUCAGAAUACAAGUUGGUAGAUUAUCUGGCCAAUAAGCUAUAUAGCGGAGCCCGACGUGACGCUGACCAAGGAGAGCACAAUUACUGUAGAAAAUUGAAACAAUGGUAUUUCCCUUUAACAUUUGCUAACUGAACAGCCUUUUUGGUUCCAGCACAAUAACAUUCAAAUCACGUUCCAUUAAAAAUCUGUUAACAACCAUUGGUUUUUAGUUCCAUCACAAUUCGAUCCAAAUUGCUAUUUUUGACUCUUAUGUUAUUUCAUUCAAUCCUUUUUUACGAAAUACUUCCUUAAUUUUAAAGCUCAUGGAGCAGAACAAGUCUUAUAGUGAACCAAGCAAUUUCCAUUUCCAGCUGAUAUUUUCUGUUCCCAUACAUUCUGCAGAAUUUGUUGUAAAGAAACUUAAUUGCCAAAGAAAAAUAGAAAGACAGAGAGAAAAGAGAUACAUUAGGAGGAUACUCCUGAAGUGCAGAGAUGUUAAGAAAGAGCUGUGCCAGUAGCGUCUUAUAAACCAUACUUUGGGGAAGGGUAAAAUCAAAUAAACUGGGCCGGGUUGUUCAAAGCAGGGUUAAGGUAACCCAGGGUUAGUGCGAAGUAUAAAUUCACAUAUGAAAGCUAAUCGGCUUUCAAACAACUGGGCUCUGGUCAUAAGGCUUUUUAGGUUUUCCCAGUAACUGUUUGCAGGUAGCGCUUUUUUCACUGUUUCUUGCGCUUACUGUCUUGAAAAAAGUUGUUGUAAACGAUAAAUAGCUGAGUUUUUUCGUCCCCUCUCAUUUAACAGAGUACGUCAUUCAGAAUUUCCAGAUGACAGAAGAAAAAGCGGAGGAAGAAAGAGAGAAAAUAAAAAAAAAAAUCGCCCAAAGGUGCAGGGAUGCACGCAGGGAGCUCACGAAAAGUAAGUCAGCGGGAUAUGGGGUGUCAGAAGCCCGGCUACGGCCGGGUAUGGGGUGUUUCGUAAAUAAACUAGAAUCAUUAUAUUUGUGAACUUUUUUUUAUGUCGCAUAAAUUGAACUCCAAAAAGCAUGGCCCAGUUUUGCCAUGAGACUAUAUUUAGAAAUUGAAUGUUCCUGUCGUUUGUUGCAACAUAAUGAUAUGUCUGCGAAAACUCACCAAAAAUAUUAACGGUUAGUGCUCCCUGGUGAAAUUUGUUUGAUGGAUCCCUUGUAUUUCUUCAGGAGCAUUUGAGUCAGUGGUUUUCAUGGUACUAAGUAGUGAAUUAAGCUCGUAAUGAAAAAAUGAAAAGGUUUUAAUCAAAAUUACUAUAUUCGCCUUUGUUUGUUUUCAUGUUUAUUAUCACAGUGGAAUCAUUUAAGGAAAAGGAAGAGGAGGAAAAGGAAAAAGAACAAGAAGAGGAGGCAAAGGGUGAAGAGACAGAAGAGGAGGAAGGCGAGGAAGAAGAGAGGAAAGAGGAGGAAGACGAGGAGGAAGAGAAGAAAGAGGGGGAAGAGAAGGAGGAAGAGAGGAAAGAGGAGGAAGACGAGGAAGAAGAGAGGAAAGAGGAGGAAGGCGAGGAAGAAGAGAGGAAAGAGGAGAACACCUUGCUGGAUGGCAAAUAGCGUAG